CCUCGGGUGGCGCUGACCCACGGGCCUCGCCUCGCUUAGGCACAGAGCUGAGAUUUCUGAAGACUGCUGUAGGAGCGGCUGAAAAGGUGUUGGAGGCCGAGACCCAGUGUUUCCCCUGCGGCCCUAGAGAAGCACCAGUGUCCUUGACCCUGCAGUGGUGAGAGCAGCUCCUUCCUCACCUGGCCGGCGGGAGAUGCGGAUCCCCGGGGACGGCGCAGCUCGCCAGCUCCGUGCUGUGCUGCCAGGGCGCUGAGUGGCACCCGGGUACAACCUGCCCACAGCGGCCUCUGCCCCAUGAGGAUGCGGGCCCCCGUCGAGGGGCUGCUCUCGGCCCUGGCGGUGGUGUUUGGAACGGCGGUGGCGUUUGCACCUGUACCCCGGAUCACCUGGGAGCACAGAGAGGUGCAGCUGGUGCAGUUCCAUGAGCCGGGCAUCUACAACUACUCGGCCUUGCUGCUGAGCGAGGAUCAGGACACCCUGUACGUGGGCGCCCGGGAAGCUGUCUUCGCCUUGAACGCGCUGGACAUCUCUGAGAAGCAGCACGAGGCCUACUGGAAGGUCUCGGAAGACAAGAAAGCAAAAUGUGCGGAAAAGGGGAAAUCGAAGCAGACAGAAUGCCUGAACUACAUCCGAGUACUGCAGCCGCUCAGCGCCACCUCCCUCUAUGUGUGUGGGACCAAUGCCUUCCAGCCGGCCUGUGACCAUCUGAGCUUAACAACCUUUCAGUUUCUGGGGAGAAGUGAAGACGGCAAAGGAAGGUGUCCGUUUGACCCGGCACACAGCUACACGUCCGUCAUGGUCGAUGGAGAGCUGUAUUCUGGGACGUCGUACAACUUCCUGGGAAGCGAACCUAUCAUCUCCAGGAAUUCAUCCCACAGCCCCCUGAGGACGGAGUACGCCAUCCCUUGGCUGAACGAGCCCAGCUUCGUCUUCGCCGACGUGAUCCGGAAGAGCCCCGAGGGGGCCGAGGCCGAGGACGACAGGGUCUACUUCUUUUUCACCGAGGUGUCUGUGGAGUACGAGUUCAUCUUCAAGCUGCUGAUCCCACGGAUAGCACGGGUGUGCAAGGGCGACCAGGGAGGCCUGCGGACCUUGCAGAAGAAGUGGACCUCCUUCCUGAAGGCCAGGCUCACCUGCUCCCGGCCGGACAGCGGCCUGGUCUUCAACGUGCUGCGGGAUGUCUUCGUGCUCCGGGGCCCAGGCCUCAGGGAGCCCGUGUUCUACGUGCUCUUCACCCCACAGCUGAACAACGUGGGGCUGUCGGCCGUGUGUGCCUACAACCUAUCCACGGCGGAGGAGGUCUUCUCCCGCGGCAAGUACAUGCAGAGCGCCACGGUGGAGCAGUCCCACACCAAGUGGGUCCGCUACAAUGGCCCAGUGCCCACGCCGAGGCCUGGAGCGUGCAUCGACGCGGAGGCGCGGGCGGCCAACUACACCAGCUCCCUGAAUUUGCCCGACAAAACGCUGCAGUUCGUCAAAGACCACCCUCUGAUGGAUGACUCCGUGACCCCCAUAGACAACAGGCCCCGCCUCAUCAAAAAGGACGUGAACUACACCCAGAUCGUGGUGGACAGGACGCGGGCGCUGGAUGGGACCCUCUACGACGUCAUGUUCAUGAGCACAGAGCGGGGUGCCCUGCACAAAGCCGUCAGCCUGGAGAGUGAGGUGCACAUCAUUGAGGAAACUCAGCUUUUCCAGGACCCGCAGCCCGUCCAGACCCUGCUGCUGUCUUCGAAGAAGGGCAGGAGGUUUGUCUACGCCGGCUCCAACUCGGGCGUGGUGCAGGCCCCCCUGGCCUUCUGUGGGAAGCACAGCAGCUGUGAGGACUGUGUGCUGGCGCGGGACCCCUACUGCGCCUGGAACCUGCCCGAGGCCGCCUGUGUGGCCCUGCACCAGACUGAGGGCCCCGGCAGGGGACUGAUCCAGGACAUGAGCGGCGACGUGUCAGCAUGUCCCGAUAAAGUUAAAGAGAGUUUCCGGCAGCAUUUUUUCAAGCACGGCGGCACGGCCGAGCUCAGAUGCUCACACAAGUCCAACCUGGCCCGGGUGGUGUGGAAGUUCCAGAAUGGUGUGCUCAAGGCCGAGAGCCCCAAGUAUGGCCUCGUGGCCAGAAGGCACCUGCUCAUCUUCAACCUUUCGGAAGGAGACAGUGGGGUGUACCAGUGCCUGUUGGAGGAGAGGGUCCGCAAUAAGACGGUCUCCCAGGUGGUGGCCAAGCACGUGCUGGAGGUGAAGCUGGUCCCACGGACCCCCGCGGCCCCCACCUCGCCCGUCGCACACUCUGAGUCGGGCAGUAGGGUUGCCCCCAAAGUGUCGGCGGCGGCCACCCAGGGCUCCUCCCCGCCGACGCCGACUGUGCGGGCCACCUCCCCCGGGGCCACCACGCCGGCACCUGCCAGGCCCGCGGCCACCGACGCAUCCUGUGAACCCAGGAUCGUCAUCAACACGGUGCCACAGCUGCACUCGGAGAAGACGAUGUAUCUCAAGUCCAGCGACAACCGGCUGCUCAUGUCCCUCUUCCUCUUCUUCUUCGUCCUCUGCCUCUGCCUCUUCUCCUACAACUGCUAUCGGGGCUACCUGCCCGGCCAGUGCCUGAAGUUCCGCUCCGCCCUGCUGCUGGGCAAAAAGAAGCCCAAGUCGGAUUUCUCGGACCUGGAGCAGAGCGUGAAGGAGACGCUGGUGGAGCCCGGCAGCUUCUCGCAGCAAAACGGGGAGCAGCCAAAGCCGGCCCUGGACACCGGCUACGAGACAGAGCAGGACACGCUCACCAGCAAAGUCCCCACGGACAGGGAGGACUCUCAGAGGAUCGAUGACCUCUCUGCCAGGGACAAGCCUUUCGACGUCAAGUGCGAGCUGAAGUUCGCCGACUCGGAUGCCGAUGGAGACUGACGCCGGCUGGGCGUCCCCCCCACCGCCGGCACCUCGGCUGUGCCAGCCGGGGCCCUGUGCCGAGUUUCGUGUCUCACCCGUUCAGUAGCCCAGUCUCGUCAUCGUGCAGCAAAACUCGGUCUCCUGUUUCCUCCUGGGUUGAGCCUGUGACUUGUUUCUCUUUGUCCUGUUGGAAAACUACAAGCGUCGCAUCCUGGUCUCGUGUCCUGCGGUCAGUUGGAGAGCUUUAAGCCCGUGCAGGCGGCGGCGGCGGGGGCCGUUCCAUCCCGCACCUGCUCUGUCCUGGGGCAGAGAUGGCCGGACGUGCCUCGGCUGGGAAAAGUGUCCCUCCCGCUUCCCCUCCUCGUAGCAGCCACUAAGAGCUAAUUGAAUUCCAGAUUGGAAAUGACAUUUUAGUUUAUCAGAUUGGUAACUUAUCGCCUGUUGUCCAGAUUGGCACGAACCUUUUCUUCCACUUAAUGAUUUUUUAGGAUUUUGCUUUGAUUGUGUUGAUGUCUCCGGUCGUUCUUUUUUAAAUCACGGAAGCAGCUGUGUCCAUGCUUAGAAGAUGCACAUCUUCUGGGUUCUGUUGUAUAGUGGGAUAAAAUCCGGCUUACGUGGCUUAGGAGUCUCAGGGAUAAACUUAAUUUCGCUAAACAUUCUUUCUGCUUUUAGAAACAGACAGAACCAUCUCUCAAACACACUUAUUUUUUUUUCCCCUUAACUUUAUUCCUUGAGGGAAGCAUCAUUUCCCAGAUUUUCUUCCCACACUUUUGGCUCUUUUUUAUUUUAUUUUUUCCACCCCCUGGAAGAGGAGGGCUGGCCCAGGUCCUCGAGGCGGGUACUGAGCGAGGGAUGGAGGGAUGGUGGCCGGGCUGGUGGAGAGUGGAGGGGAGGAGCCUUUUCCCUGCGGACACCCACAGCCGCAGGCGGGGCUCGCCCUGUCCCUGCAGGCAGGCCUCCCACCCCCACCCCCUACAGUGUCCUUGGUCUCUGGACGUCUGUCGCCCCGCUCCUUUGCUUCCAUCUCAUCCCCGCUGCCCGCGCAGCCUGGCUGACCUGUGCACCCCUGAAGAGAACUGGGCGGCGGCGGCGCCCGGGGCCAUGACACCUGGCGCACAUGGCCGCGGGCCAGACGGCGUCUCCUGCCACGUGGUCACAGCUGUGACGGGCGGUACGGUUCCAGCGCUCCCCUCCUCCACAUCCCAUCGCCCUGCUUUGUAAAUACCCAUCGGGAAGAGGUGUUCAUUCCACGGCAAAGAGCAAUAAACUGCGGGUGCCUGUGUGUCUGUGCGGACGGUGUCAUCUUCCAGCAUGAUGUGAUUUGACCGUUUUGGUGUAAACAUUCGUGUUUUUGUAAGAUUUACUUUUGUGUUUAUUUUUCUACUUUGGAUUGUAUACAUUUGGAGAGUACCCAAAUAAACGCAAAGCUUCUA